AUGGCGAGCCAGGAGGCCUCAAUGGAGGAGAUCCUCUGGCGGUCUCCCCCGCACGUCCAGAUGAUGGGGGUUUCCUUCAUUCCAACAACAGUGAUCCUAUUUUACUUUGCCGAAUCCCCUUUCUUUGAUUCGACCUCCAACAACGCCUCGCUAGCCAUCCAAGCCAACUACAAUGAUGCUCUCCGUCAUUUCGUCGAGACCCGCGAAGCAUUCGAAGCCCGACUGAAAACAAUGCAGGGGCUAGAGUUUAUCGUAUCAUAUGACCCCCUCCAAGCAGCCGCACAGACAGACAACCGCUUCGCCCACGAGCCAUCCAAUAUCUGGGUGAUCCGCAAGCAAAACCGACGGAAAAGAAGCGGCAUGGACGACGAGGUGACCGUGAUAUCUACGUACUUCGUUGUUGGAGACUGUAUCUACAUGGCCCCCUCAGUCGCAAGUGUAGUGGGCAACCGAAUUCUAUCAGCAGUCACAUCUCUAACUCAGCUCAUGAAAUCUGCCGCAACAUUACCAACAUUCACCGCCUCCCACGGACACACCUACUUACCACCUGGAGUCCGCAGCAAAGAAACCGCUGGAACCACCAGCCAAGCCUCCCAGAGCAAAGAAGCAACGCCCAUGCCAGAUGCAUCCUUCCCAACCACCGAAUCCUCCCAAUCAACCAGUAAAUCAAGCCUAGGUGGAACAACUACAGGCUCAAGCUUUCAAGAUACGCGCAGUUUGGCCGAAUCGUUCAGCCUACUCACGCGCUACGGCGACGAAUUCAUGGACGAGAGCCCCCUCGUUGGCGAACCAGGCUCGUUCAUCUUAUCACGGACUGGCGGCGAGACUGGCGGGUCGGCUGCUAAAGCCGCACCGAAAAUAGCUGCUAAUGCGGCGGCGACUGGUACGCCUUCCACCCUGCCUGUUAGGGCUUCGACGCCGCAGGUCCGCGUUGAGACGCCUGGUAAGGCUUCCGACAAGAGUAGUUCGCCGCCCAGCUCUUCUGGCGAUAAGACGAAGAGGAAGAAGAGCCGGAUCGUUAGCUGA